CAGUUGCCUAUGCUUCUGACGCAAUUCGCUUGUUACACCGUGUUUAACUGGACGUGUCGCUGCUGCCCAGGGAAUCAUUAACCUACGCCUGGCGUACCUCAAGAAACAACACUGUCAACUCACGGGCUAGCUCUAUUCGUAGCUGUCUGUUCAUUCUUCGUCAUCAUCAUGUCCGCUACUGUGUGUUGCCUCUUCUUCUGGUGGCGAAAGAAGAACUUAUAUAAGCAUGAGCAGACAAAAAACGGCUUCGCAGCCAAACAGAAAUUUAAACUUACCUCUAAAAUACCCGUUAUCCGCAGUGAGGACAUCGUCUCAUUCGUUCUACCAGCAACUCGUAAAGUACUGCCACCACACAGAUCGCAAACUGAAACUUCAAAAAAAUCCCGCCACUGUUGAAUCUCAAUCAAGUGUUACGGACGAAUCUCAACCAUUGAACAACGUAGUAAACAGAACCUGUUCGGAGAGCAUUUCGGCUGCCGACACCGUUUGUCCUCAACGCGUCAACAGCAAAUUAUUGGGUCCUGCCAAUUUAAACUUGAAACUCUACUCGCGUGAUCUUGAAACAAAUGAGCUCAUCCACACAAGCCAAGCCAAAAUUGGUUUUUCUUUGCAAUUUAAUUCUUCGCGUCAAUUAUUAACCCUCAAGAUUUUGGGUGCACUCAAUCUGCCGACAAGGAGUAAAAAUAUUGCUCCUGAUCCAUAUGUCAAGAUUGUAAUCCUUCCCGAAAGACAGAUCAAAUGCAUAACUAAAACGCUGAAGUCCAACUGCAAUCCGCUCUUCAAUCAAGUAUUCGAACUGGACAUGUCCAAUUUGCUUUUGAAUAAAACUGAAAUUUUGCUGAUGGUUCGUGACCGUCCAGAAUCAUCCUGCUACGAAAGGUGUGUUUCACGCUCAGUAACGCUAGGUCAGGCAAUUUUCAGCAUGGCCGACUUCGACGGAGUGAAUCACCGGCGUCAAGUGAGGUGGUGUUUACUGGAGAAUAUACCAGCCAUUUCACCUCACGCAGACAUUGUGAAUGCGGAAUCAUUGGCCAAGGCCGAAAUGCAAAUUGCACUUUUGUAUCGAGUUUGGUGGGAUGAAGCAAAACUGAUUAACCACGGGCGGAUUAUAUUGGAACUUUUGCAAAUUCGUCCAGCAAUGUUCAUUCCAAACAACCAAGAUAAAGAGAAAGUUACGAUUAAGGUGUUGUUGUACGAACGCGGAUAUUUAAUGGCAACGCGAAGGACUAAUGGCAUCCGGCGGGAUGAGGCCACGGCCGCGCUACGAGAGAAGUUCGUUUUCGCCCUUCAGUCGAAAGUGCUUCACGAAGCUUCCUGCCAGCUCGUCCUUGUCACCAAAUCCACAAUAGGAACAAAGAGGACAUUGGGACGGAUCACCUUGGGUCAUCGUCAUUUCUUUUCUACCUGGGCAAACAGUACAGCUGUUACAACUGGGAUUGAUCACUGGCAUGACAUGGCACACCGACCCGGAGUUUCGGUGGAACGUUGGCAUUCGAUAAUGUAAUAAUAGAAAUACGAAGCCACUAAGCAACCUGUAUCAUCUAGAUACGCAAAAUGGAGUUUCAUCCUAAGCCAGGUGCUUAAGGCACCAUCGCAAAGCAAAGAGCUAUUUAUGACGGGCAGCGUUAGGGCUGAAUUCUUUUUUUUUCUCAUUUUCUGCUGUUGCGCGUGAAAACA